ACCGUCUCCCCCCUCAUAAUUUGCCGUCGAGAGCGAAGGAGCGAGCGGUGGACGGCCUGUCUCUGCCUCCGUCUCCAUCUCCAAACAAACCCACCCCAGUUUCAUUUUUCUAGUCGAUCAAUCUCUAAUUCAACAAAUUUCUUUCUCAAAAUUCAAUUUUGUGAUCAUCAUUAAUUAACAGAGAAGAGAAUUGAAACGAAUUUUGAGAGAGAGAUCUGCAAUGGAAGUGACUACUUCUUCUUCUUCUUCAUGGGACGCUUUACGCAAACAGGCAAGGAAACUUGAAGCUCAGUUGGAUGAGCAGAUGAGCACAUUUCGUAAACUAGCAUCCUCGAAGGGUUCUACAAAAGUUGAUUUUCCAGAGAAUGAUCUUGAAUCUGGGAUAGACAGGCUAUUAAAACAGCUCCAACAAGUAAAUUCACAGAUGCAAGCUUGGGUAUCAUCUGGAGGAUCAGAAAUGGUUUCUCACACCUUGACUCGGCAUCAGGAAAUUCUUCAAGAUCUUACUCAGGAGUUUCAUCGUCUCCGUUCUGGCAUGAGAGCUAAGCAAGAACAUGCUCUUCUUCUGGAAGACUUUAGGGAGUUUGAUCGAACAAGAUUAGAUUUGGAAGAUGGGGUUGGUUCUGCAGACCAAGCCCUUCUUAGAGAACACGCAUCUAUUAGCCGAAAUACCGGGCAGAUGGAUAAUGUGAUUUCACAAGCUCAAUCUACUCUUGGUGCACUAGUUCUUCAACGUUCAACUUUUGGAGGAAUCAAUUCAAAGCUGAGUAAUGUUAGCAGCCGCCUCCCAACGGUAAAUCAAAUUCUAUCAGCAAUAAAGAGGAAAAAAUCCAUGGAUGCCAUCAUACUUUCCCUGGUUGCAUCCGUAUGCACUUUUCUUAUUUUUAUUUACUGGUUGACCAAGUAAGAAUUUCAUUGUGCGCGCUCUUGGAGGUUGCUUGUGGUGAGACAACCCUAUCUUUUAUCUUAUCUUUUUGCUCUAAAGUGAAUCGAGGGUUGUAUUUUUUGUCCAAGUUUAUAGUGACAUCCCUAGUGGUUAAUGCUUUGUAUUGCCACGCCUGUAGCAUUUAUGAUAUGCCAUGUAAAGGUCGGUCGAUACGAUAGACAAAAAUGAUGAGUGUGAUCUGAAACUGAGAAAUUGUGCAAGCCAAUUACUUUUAUAGACCUUGGAUCAACCAGGGUUACCAUAUAA